AAUAAUUAAUUUCAAUUAUAAUAUAUAUAUCUAACAAAUGAUUCAACGAUAAGACGUCGACAACAACUUCAAGACAUGAUGUCGUCUAUCUAUGAGAUCACCAGUUGUUCACAAUCUAAGCCAUUGCUGACAUUGGAUGCGCUAUUGAAGUGGUCGUCUGCUGAGUCGUCACCGCCGUCGGCAGCAGCGGUGGCGGCGGUCAGCGAUGUUUGUUGCAAAUGUGGGGACAGUUGUUGUAAUGACAGUGAUUUGCAAACAUAUAAGAUAUACGGAUUGCCUGAAGAAGUAGAAGAAGAAGACAUUGAAGACAACGACAACAACAAACACCGUCGCCGCAGCCGACGACGGAAGACACUGUUAUGUCACGACAUGAAAGGCGGUUAUCUGGACGACCGCUACAACAGCGGUACCGACACUGACAAUGCCUAUCGAUUCUUCAUGUGGUCACUUAUAGAUGUAUUCGUCUAUUUUAGCCAUCAUUUUGUUACAAUACCGCCAAUCGGUUGGAUAAACGCAGGCCAUCGUAACGGUUGUCCUGUUUUGGGUACACUGAUUGUCGAAGGAUGGACUCAAUCCAAGUCAAUACUGGAUGUUAUGUUGAAGUCGACGACAAUGAUUGACGAUUGUAUCGAGAAGUUGGUCGAUAUUACCCGAUAUUAUCACUUUGACGGCUGGCUUAUCAAUAUUGAAUCGCCAAUCGAUGUCCACGAUGUCGAUAAUAUGAUCUAUUUUGUUGGACAACUAUCGGAUAAAAUGCAUCGACUGGUCAACGGUAGCCGAAAUCUAGUCAUUUGGUACGACAGUGUUAUCACUGAUGGAUCACUUAAAUGGCAAAAUGAAUUGAAUUUAUUGAAUAAACCUUUCUAUGAUGUCUGCGACGGUAUAUUCUUGAACUAUACAUGGAAUCAAUCAAAUCUGAUGCAGUCGUUAGAGAUGUCCCGCAAAGACAAUCGCAAUUACGAUGUCUAUGUCGGUGUCGACGUAUUUGGCCGAAACUGUUACGGCGGCGGCGGACUCAAUACCAAUCUGGCUGUGCAGGAGAUUGUCAAACAUGAUCUAUCGGUAGCCAUAUUUGCCAGCGGAUGGACCUAUGAAGUUAUGGGCGAAGAAAACUUUACGGAAAAUGAAUACCAUUUUUGGUCACUACUUGCCGACAUAGAUGACCAACAGUUGGCGACGACGACGACGACGGCCACUACCGCCACCGCAACAACACAUCGCAAAAAGUGUCGACAAUUUCCGAUAAUCACUUCAUUUUGUCAAGGAUUUGGUCCGCGAGGACUAUUCAGAUGCGGACAACUGACCACAACUGAGAAGUGGUAUAAUUUAUCUGAACAACAGCUGCAGCCGACAAAUCAUACGGACGUCCAGAUCUAUACGGACGAGGCAUUCAAUGGCGGCGGUUGUCUGCGACUAAAGUCUCAAUCGGUUUACUCCCUGUUUGAUUGUCAGCUGACUAUCAGUCGUCGUCCUCAUCAGUGGCGAUGGUUUUAUGCCAUCACUUAUAAGUUUCUUAAUAAUAAAAAUUUAAAUUUAUUGACAAUUUUAAGAUAUCAAUUGAAUAGUACUGAUAGUACUUCUGGUAAUAAUUUCAAGACAUUAACUCUAUGUUGCAGUGAUAGUAGUCAUAACCAAUUGAUUACCACCAGUGAUGAUGACGACAACGACAAUACUACUAAUGAAUUCUUUUCGAUUCAGUUAAUCGAUUACCGAAACCCCGAUUCUUCAUUGAUGGUCGAAUUAAUCGAAAAAUAUAACAACAAAUUUGGUAUAUUUGAACCGAAAAACAAUUGGAUAACUAACGGGUUUCUGAUUGAAUACCGACCAAUUGGUGCCGCCGCCGAUGAUGGCCAUGUAGUGGUCGUCAAUGGGAUUGACCUGAAAGUAGUGUCGUCGUCGUCGUCGACCACCACCACCACCGAUGCCGAUGACAGUAGUAAUGGCGUACAGAAGCCGCGCACCGCCGCCGCCAUCGACGCCGAUGUCUUAGUCGGACACUUGAUAUUUGAUAACAUUUGUUAA